UUUAACCCCUUCUUUCCUUGCAACAGGGAAUUAUUGGUUAUUUCAGAUACAGUACAAAGAGAGGAAGAGUAUUACUAAUAGUCAAAAAAGGAAGCAUGCUGCUGAGCAUUCAUUAUAAGAACACGUUUACAGCUAUAUGUAAAGUGGUUGCUAUGGAAUAUUUGAAACACCGCCUCGGAUUGCUGGCGGGCGAGUGGCACUUGAAGGUGAAUCGGCGGCGAACAUAGGAACGGUCUUUUCCCUCAGUACUGAAAGAUGUCCAAGGGUACCACCUCGUUCGGUAAACGCCAGACGAAGACGCACACUUUGUGCCGUCGCUGCGGCAAUCGUUCUUUCCACAAGCAAAAGAAGACUUGCGCUAGCUGUGGCUACCCCUCUGCCAAAAUCCGCAAGUUCAACUGGUCCGAGAAGGCUAAGCGCAGAAAGACCACUGGUACUGGCCGCAUGAGCCACUUGAAGCUCGUCCACCGUCGUUUCCUUAACGGUUUCCGCGAGGGUACCCAGGCUGUCAAGCAGACCAAGCCCGCUGCCUCGGCUUAAGUGUACUUUUUCGCGUUAGGGAUGCUUGUAUUUCGACAACCACAAUAUAUACU